GGAAGAGGGUGAGCACAGAGAGUGCUCCUCUUCUUUCCUCAAACCCGGAGAAACCUCCUCAGUGGUGGAAGCAAUGGGGCUGCUACCGCUGCUACUCCUUUUAUCCUUAAUGCUGCAAAAUGGCCAAGGGUUCUCGAGCUCCCAGGGAAAGCAAUUCAUCACAGCUUUCAUGGAGAAUUUUGAGACCAGCAGGCCAUCUGAAACAAGCUUGAAGCUAUUUCUCGUGGGCCACGGCAAUGACACCAGGGUCUCCGUGACGGUGACCAGGUCUUCCUCCCGCCAAAGUUACUCUGUUGCAAGCGAUGAAACGGUGCCUGUGGAUCUCCCCGUGAGUUUGGAAAUGAAGGGCAGUGGCAUUUCCCCCCAUUCCAUUGUGAUUGAGGCCGAGCACGACAUUUCGGUGGUCUCAUUUAACCGGAAAUUGUAUUCUGUCGGAAGCAUGACCCUCUACCCGGUCCAUGAGCUUGGCAAUAGCUAUUAUGUCAUCACACCUCCGGGCAACCAAGCGGACAGUUACAAGAAAGAAUUUGCUGUCGUAGCUUGGCAGACUCCUACCCAAGUCACUGUUGAUCUGCAAGGCGGAGUCUACUUCAAGGGACGGUCGUACGCAGCAGGGACUACCCUCACGGUACGCCUCAAAGCUUUUGAAGUUCUUCAGUUGCAAAGUACGGAAGACUUGUCUGGCACCAGGGUUCAGUCCUCGGCUCCCGUGGCAGUCUUGAGUGGCCAUGUCUGCGUCCAGGAAAACUAUUACUGCGACCAUGUUGUCGAGCAACUCCUGCCAGAUUCCAAGUGGGGCAAGACUUUCAUCGUUCCUCCCGUGCCUCUACAGACGGGCUUCGAUAUUAUCUAUGUGGCGGCUAGUCAAAGCACGCGGGUUGUUUAUCAGUCAGGACAGGAGAAAGGCUUCCAAGAUAUGGUGCCUGGAAAAAUCGCUCAGUUUCAGCUCCAGUCCCCUCAAGCGCUUUACAUCUCUGCUGAUGCUGGGAUCCAGGUACUGAUGUUUUUCACUGGGAUCAAGAUGAGGAGCGUAGGAUACGAUCCAUUUCUCAUCAACAUCCCCGAUGUCAACAGUUAUGGCCUGGCCUACCGAAUUCAUGGUCUCAGAAAGUUUGACAACCAUGUCCUUGUUGUGGCAAAAAGCUCCGAAACCCUGACCUGGGAUGGAUCUGUUGAAGCAGGCAUUCAAUGGCAAUCGAUCCCUGGCUCAGAAUAUUUCUGGGGAGAAUAUAACUUGCAAGCUGAUCUUAACCAACUUUCAGUUUUCCUUGAGAAUCCUCAAACUCCCUUUGGUGUGCUGGCCUAUGGAAACAAGAAUUACGAAGGCUACGGAUUUGCUCCAUCACCUGUUGGCACGCUCGCUCUAGUUCCAGACCUGGAUCCUGUCCAGUUGACCUGCCCCGAGAACAGCCACUAUCUCUCCUGUGGAAAUGCCUGCCCAGCAACCUGUUCCGACCGAGAGGCUCCAUCCAGAUGUCAAAAUACCUGUGCAGAAGUCUGCCAAUGUGACCAAGGCUACCUCUUCAGUGGAGAAAAAUGUGUCCCCAUGGAAAGCUGCAACUGUACUUACAACGGGGUGUCCUACAGAGCAGGAGAGGAGUUUUGGGCAGACGAAAAUUGCCAGUCCCGUUGCAGGUGUGAUAACAGGUUAGGCAAAACGGUGUGCGUGAAGUCUUCUUGCAAAGCCAAGACAAAAUGCAUCGUGGUGAACGGGGUUCGUGGUUGUCACGCCACCACCUACAGUACCUGCAUCGCGUCUGGAGAUCCACAUUACCGUACCUUUGAUGGAACCAAAUACGAUUUUAUGGGAAACUGUGUGUAUCAGAUGGUGGGCGUUUCCUCCAAGAACCCAGCUCUCACCCCCUUUUCAGUCACAGUGGAGAACGACAACCGAGGCCACAAGGCUCUGUCUUUUACCAAAUCGGUGACCUUGGAGGUCUACAACUUGACCAUCAGCCUGAGCAAAAGUGCCCCACAUCAUGCUGAGGUCAAUGGCGUUUUAGUGGAUUUACCCUUUGCUUACGAAAAUAAGCUAACUAUCCACAAGAGUGGGGUCCAUGGCUUCAUUAGAACCGAUUUUGAGUUGACAAUCACUUAUGACUGGAACAGCUACGCCAGGGUCAUUCUUCCCAGUACAUAUGCCAAUUCAGUCGCCGGACUCUGUGGCAAUGCCAACCAGAAUCCUUAUGAUGAUUUCGACCUGCAGGAUGGCAGUCCAUCCAGUGACGUAACACAAUUUGCAAACAGCUGGAAGGUGAAGGAUGUCCCCGGGUGUUCUACGGGAUGCACCGGUAAAUGCCAAAGCUGCAGUGAGGCUGAGAAACGAACCUACCAGGCUGAACGUUACUGUGGGAUCCUCACCAAAAGAAAUGGGCCUUUUGUACCAUGUCACAGGACAAUUAGCCCAACAAGCUUCUUGGAAGAUUGUGUCUUUGACACCUGCAUGUACAAGGGGCAUCCAGAUAUUUUGUGUGCGGCCAUUGCUGCUUAUGCAACCACCUGCCAAGCUCAAAAUAUCCAAAUUAAGCCGUGGAGAUCCAACGCCUUUUGCAGUUUUUCCUGUCCACCUAAUUCCCACUACGAAUUGUGUGGAAAUGGCUGCCCUUCCACCUGUCACAAUCUUGCCACUUCCAGCUCUUGCGAUGCUCCGUGCGUUGAAGACUGCGUCUGCGACUCUGGAUUCGUCCUCAAUGGGGACGAGUGCGUCCCUACUACUGAGUGCGGCUGUGUGUACGAAGGCAGGUACUACAAAAAAGGAGCAGAAUUCUACCCUACAAACGCUUGCCAGGAGAAGUGCCGUUGUGUGGACACUGCUACUGUCGACUGCCAUCAGUUUUCCUGUGGGAGUUACGAGGAGUGCAGGAUGGAGAAUGGCAUCCAGGGCUGUUACCCUGUCGGUUAUGGAACGGUAGUAACAUCGGGUGGAUCCCAUUAUACUACCUUUGAUGGGAAGAGUUUUGAUUUUCCUGGCUCCAGUUCUUACAUCUUAGCUCAAAUAAUUGACCAAGACACUCAGCAGGUGACGUUUUCUGUGGUGGUGGAACAUGAUAAAGCUGAUAAUGGAUCUUUAACUGACGUAACAUCAGUUCUUAUCAACCUACAUGGACAUACUAUUUUCCUGGAGAGAGGGGGAAAAUGGCAAGUUAAGGUCGAAGAUGAGGUUUACAACCUACCAUUUAGCAGAGGCGAUGGAAAAUUUUGGAUAACUCAAGAAGGGAAUAAUAUAAUUUUUCAGUCACCUGAAGGUUUCAAAGUCAUUUAUGACACUGCCAACUAUGUCGAAGUUUCUGUGCCUAGGAGUUACCAAGAGCAGACAUCUGGACUGGGUGGCAACUUCAACGAAAACUUGGAUGAUGAUUUCCGGCUGCCUGAUGGUACUCUCACCCCAAGUGUAGAUGAUUUUGGAAUCUCAUGGGAAGUCCCCACAACUGGGAGUGUUUGCUCUAAGAAAUGUGUGCACAAGCUCCCUGCUUUUGACAAGGCCCAAACAAUACCAUAUAAAGGUGACAGAUUCUGUGGACUUCUCACUCUUGAGACAGGCCCAUUCAAAGAUUGUCACUCAUUUGUGAGUCCUGCGAUGUUCUUUCACAACUGCCUGUACGACAUGCAGGUUUUCGGCGAGGGAGCUCUCUGUCAAAACCUUCAAGCUUACACCGCUAAAUGUCAAGCAGCUGGAGCUGAAAUUGAUGACUGGAGAACAGCUGUCUCUUGUCCUCUCCUCUGUCCAGCUAAUAGCCGCUAUGAGACAUGCAUUAGAGCUUGCGAUUCCAGCUGUGCCAGUUUCUUCACAACAGUGCAAUGCCCUAAGAUAUGUUUUGAAGGUUGCCAAUGUAAUGAAGGCUACAUGUUUGAUGGGAACGCAUGUGUACCUCUGGAAAAGUGUGGCUGUACACAUAGUGGACUCUACUUGAAGGCUGGAGAAAGCAUCUUUUCAACCAACUGCACUGAGAAAUGGACUUGUCAAGGUCUGGAUCAAAUCACCUUUGAGGAAACAGCAUGCAGGGAUGAAGAGAUCUGUGUUCUUCAAGAUGGCGUGCGUGGCUGUGAGCGCAGAGAAGGCCAGUGCAAAAUUUCCCGGGAGGCCCAGCUGGUUUCUUUUGAUGGAGCUUCAGCAAGAUGGAACUUCUGCGGUGGGGUAUAUGAUGUGUCCUCUGUGUGUGAUGAGAGCGAUGCCUCCUGGUUCAGGGUAUCUGUCAACAUUGGAAAAGAGUGUGAAGAUAACCUGUCAGCGGUUAAGGCUGUUCAUGUUUACUUUGGAGAGGUUGCCAUUACUCUGAAACCUAACGACCGGAUAUGGGUGAAUGGACGGUCAGUAAACCUGCCGUACAAAGUCUCCAAAAGUCUGACUUUAAGAAAGGAGCAGAAUGGGAUUGUGAUUGACCGGGCUUCGGAUAUAAAAGUCCAGUUUUCUCCUGAUGGUGGGGUAACCGUGAAAGUCAAGCAUAUUCCUCCAGAGAAAUUAUGUGGACCAUGUGGGAACUUCAAUGGAGACCCCAAGGAUGACCAGAAAUUGCCAAAUGGGGAAUCUGCAAACACUGCUGAGGUUCUCUAUGCUUGGAAGGCUAAAGACUUUUAAAGUGGAUCACCUGCUUCCCGGAGGACCCAUCUGUUCAGUGUGCUCAACCCAGAGGAGCCUAUCACGCCAAUCCAACGAGAUCUGAAGAAUGAGAAGAACACAUUGCAUUUCCACCGAUACUCCUCUCCUAAGGAACAUCAUGCUUCCGGAGAACUGGAUGAUACCCUCCAUUGCAUCUUCUGGAGCAGGGGAUCUCAAACUUGUGGACUUCAACUCCCAGAAUUCCUCAGUCAGCAAAGCAACGCUGGCUGAGGAAUUCUGGGAGUUGAAGUCCACAAGUCUUAAAGUUGCCAAGGUUGGAGACCCCUGUUCUGGUGGCGGUCCAGAUAAAGCUCUUUUGUGGUAGAACAUUUGCUUUUCGAAGACUUCUAGAGAUGAUCGGAUGACAGGGUGUUUUUUUUUCUUUUUUCUACGGUGGUGGUAUCUUUAUUUUAUGGAUUUUGCCUAUUGUAGACUUCUGGGGAUGGAUAUAAAUUUGACAGUGUCUAAGUAUCACGAUAUAAAUCAAUAAAUGGAUGAAUGAAGCCAG